UAAGAAUAUAUCACCCUAUUUUUUAGUUAAAGCCUCAAAUCUUAUAUAAUCUAACAACCUUUCUCUUAACCACCCUUUUCAAGAACAUGUUCAUAGAUUUUCAUUGAAAAAGAUUAAUUUUUCCUCCCUUUCUAUCUCCUCGCACUCUUGAAAUAAUUUCAGGAGUCGAGAGAUAAAAAUAUAAAUUUAAAUUAAUAAUUAAAAAAUUUAUAAUCAAUGACGGGUCAAAAACGGAUAAUAAUCAGACAAGAGACGGGUUCAACCGUAUACAGGAGAAAACAACCACUGCUGCAGGCAUCUCCGUCAUCCUCCACUAGCGGAAGGAUAGCGGAGAUGGCUGGAGGCACGACCGCAGGGUGCGUAGCCGUGUGGUGCUGUUGCCCAUGCUCUUUGGUUAAUUUGGUGGUGCUUUUAGUUUACAAAGUUCCUGCAGGAAUUUGCAAGAAGGCUUUUAGGAAUCGAAGAAUUAGAAGUCGACGUGACGAGUGGCGACAAUGUAGCAGCCAUAACCAUUAUCAAGAAGUCGGGCUUGGGCUUGGGCUUGGGAGUGAAACAGAUGAGGUUACCAUGGUGGUUAUGGAUAAUGAGUUUAUUAGAUUGGAAGAAGAAAUGUGGGAUAAGUUUUAUUCUACUGGUUUUUGGAGAAGCCCUUCUCAAAGAGAAACACAAAAAGAAAAGGAAUGGGAAUAUAAAUUAUGAUUUUACAUUGUAUUUGUUUUUAUUCUUUUUUCUUGCGAUUAGAGGUGUCCUUUUCGAGUGUUUGGGCGGGUUUCAGAUAUAAUAUUUUGGGCCAGGUUAAUUUCGGUUCUUGAGUAUAUGUAAAUAUCUUAAUAAUGAUUUUAUUUUGAUUUUUAUAUACAGGUUAUUUCAGAUCGGAUCGAAUCAUACUCGAUUUUGUUUAUAUGUUGGAUUUUAUGGUUUGGGUUGCUUUGUUGAUGAUUUGUUCAAUUCCUUGUCUUCAUUGUUUAAAUAGUAAACCAUUGUCUAAUUUCUAAGUUGUUUUAUAAUGUGGUUAGGACCUCUUUUUCGUUUGAGCAAGUUUCAUGUAAAUGUAACAUUGUUUGUGAGCGACAACAAGCUCGAACAAGCUGGGAGACAGAGCGUGGUUCUAUGUGUAUCUUUCCAAAGCUUUUUAAUGUUGAAAGGAUUA